AUGCCAGCGCCCAUGGGGGUCCUUGGUGUGGUCCUGCUCUGGAUGCUGGCGUCAGCGACUUCAGGGAAAAUUCCAGACUCGCUGGUGGCGCAGGCGGUCUCCUGCAUGACUUCCUGCACAGGAUCAGCUGAUCCCCACCUCCCCAUGGGCACCAGAUACACCUAUCACUUUUCCACCAACACCAGCACCAGCCUGCAGGGCGCCCAGGAGGAGGGGAGUGGCCUUGGUCUCCAAGGCUUGGUCACCCUUGAUGUGCUUGGUCCCUGCCAGAUGGCUUUACGGCUCCGGCACUUCCAGGUGACAUCCAUCCUGGGGUCCAAGGUAGAAGUUCUGAAGGAGUCAGAGAGUUUGAGUGCCGCCCUGGGCCGCGUGCCCCUGCGCUUCGUCCUGCGUGCAGGGCGCGUGGCGCGCCUGUGUCCCGGCCAGGCCGAGCCGCGCUGGGCGCUGAACGUGAAGCGCGCUGUGCUGAGCCUCCUGCAGGGUCGCCCAGGGGCCCACAGCCCCCAGACCGUCGAGGAGCUGGAUAUCCUGGGCCGGUGUCCCACCACGUAUCAACAACGCGGAACCAGGCUGCUCAAGACCAAGGACCUGGCGCGCUGCUCCGCGCGCAGGGUGCGCGCCUCCCUGCGUUCCCAGGCUCUGCCCGCAGCGGAGCCGGGCCUGGCCUCCCACCUGACCUGUGUCCAGAGCUUCCAGGCCAGAGGCAUGCUGAGGGAGGCCUCCUGCACCGAGCUGGACACCGUGGGGCCCCUCUCCGGGGAGGUCAGUGCUGUGCAGAUGCGGACCCUCUCGUCCCUCACGCUGCUGCAUGAGAUGCCCCAGGACCUGGCUGUCACAGAUCCAGACGAUGGAGAUUUAACCCUGAGCAACCUGUUGUACGAAUGGGAAGAGACACCGUCCUGGGCUACAGUGGCCACAGUGGCUGCAUCAGUGAGGAAGCUGUGCCUGGCUCAGACCACAAGCUUUGAGGCUGCAGAGCUGUUCCUGACGCUGGUGUCCGAGCUCCGGGGCCUCUCUGCGGAUGAGCUCAUGGAACUGUGGGGGCAUUCUUUUUUCAAAUGCCGAGACAACUGGCAACCGCUGGUGGAUGCCCUGCCCUCCUGUGGCACCGAACCCUGCGUGGGCCUCAUGGUGGAGCUCAUUGUGUCCGGGGAGGUGGAGGCAGACGAGAUGGAGGCGUGGCUCUGGUCGCUGGCCUUCAUCCCACAGCCCUCAGAUGCCAUGGUCCACGUACUGCUGCCUCUGCUGCAGACCCCGGGGGCCAGCCCCAGUGCCUUCCUAGGCAUCUCAGCUCUGGUGCACAACCUCUGUGUGUCUCUGGACGGACCCUGUGAGCAGCUGCCUGGUGUCGGCUCCCUUGUGAAGAUCCUGGGAGAUGCCUUGGGUGCCAACUGCACCUUCCAGGAGUCCUCAGGUGCCGAUCAGCUGCAGCUUGUGCUAAAGGCCAUUGGCAAUGCUGGCCUGGCCGCCACAGCCCUCACCUCCAAGCUGAGCACCUGUGUGUCCCUGAGGAGCUGCCCGCCUGAGAUCCGGCUGGGGGCCAUCCAGGCCUUCCGGAGGGUUCCCUGCUCUGCAGAUCGAUCCGUGCUCUCCGGCCUGUACCAAAGCCCCGAGGAAGAUGCUGAGAUCCGCAUCAAUGCCUACCUGGCGCUGAUGCGGUGUCCGGGUGAGGAGGUGUUUGCCCAGGUGCGGCGCACCCAGACAGGAGAGCGGUCCACCCAGGUGGGCUCCUUUGUGUGGAGUCACCUCCUGCAGCUGCUGGAGACGGACGACCCCCUGAAACAGGCCCUCCGCGAGGCCAUCCCUGAGGACAUCGUCAGCCGGGAGUUCCAUCCAGAGACCUGGAAACACUCAUCCUACUCCGACAUUACCUUACGCUCAGCAUCGGGCCGCCUGGGAGCCAACCUGGAGGGGACCCUUCUCUUCUCUCCGGCCUCCUUCCUCCCCCGUUCUGCCACAGCCAACCUGACCAUCCAUGCACUUGGUCGUGCCUUCAACCUCCUGGAGCUGGGCCUCCGGCUGGAAAAUGCCGAGGAAAUGGCCCGCAGGCUGUUUGGCCCAAAGUCAUUCUGGGCACAGGAAGAGGAGAGACAGACCCAGGCGGAUAAGCCCCCAGAGCCGGAACCAGGGCCCACACCUCAGCCGGCCGACCCCGCCUGUCCAGGAGAAAGGUCCAGAAAGAUGAGAGACCUGCAGCAGAAGGUGGCCCAGAGACGUGGGCAGCGGCGACUACUGCAGUGUAAGCUGAGUGCGAAGGUGUUUGGGCACGAGCUGAGCUUUGUGAACUGUGGGGCGAUGAAGAGUCAUGUGACGCGCCCGUCCCUGAACCUGGCCGAGCUGGCCAUCAAGCUCCUGAAGGGCCAGGAGGUGCAGGUGAACCGGAGGCUGAACCUGGCCCUGGAGGAACUUACCUUUCCCACCAUGUCUGGCCUUCCGGCCCUACUGACCCUAAACGCCUCAGCUGCCAUCAGCAUCCGGGUCCGAGGGACAGCUGACUUCCAGCAGCACUCGGAUUUCUCUCUGAAUGGUUACAUCAAGCCCAGCGCCCUGCUCCAGAUCUCGGCGCAGAUGGGCACAGCGGGCACCCUGGGGCAGGCGGGGCUGAGGUGGGUGACCGGCGUCCGCGGCACUGCCAGCCUGGACGGCGGUGUCCAAGCGAGGAAGGGCCGGGACCUCAAGAUGCAUCUGAACACGCCCGAGGAGGCCGUGGAGCUGCUCCGCUUCAGCUCUCAACUUUAUCUCGUCACUGGGGAUGGCAUGAGGAGGCUCAGCCACAUUCACAGCCCUUCUGAGACCCGAUCCUGUACUGACAAGGAAGUGGCCCACACCUGGGGCUGGCAGCUGUGCACCGAAGUGAGCUGGCCCACAGCUGGGCGGCCCUACGUGCUCUCGGUGCCUGUGUUCGCGGCUGUGACGCUGAAGAAGCAGGACCAGGGGCUCCAACAGUAUCUGCUGGAAGCUGCCUAUACCCUCCACCCCCAGAAAGACCACUGGCUCCCUCAAGAAGCCUCAGCCCAUGUCUUCAUGGGCACACCGGGGUCGGAAGUGCCCAGGGAUGUCGGGGUGGACGUCAGCUAUAGCUGGCCCCAGAGGAAGUUCCGGCUCAAGCUUCUCCAUCCCAAGAAGAAAAUCGAGCUGGACGGAAAGAUGGAGACUCUCCAGAGUGCCUGCGUGGGUCACCUGGAACUGAUAGUGGAUGACAGGGAUGUCUACUACAUCAAGGGCCGGAGCAACCUGUGGCCAGCAGCGGGUGGUGAGGCCCAGCGGUUCGAGGCCCAGCUGGAGGUGAAACUGGUGACAUCGGGCAGCCCCGUGGUCCUCGCUGGGAACCUCAGCCAGCAGGCGGGCAGCAGGUUGGCCUUCUCGGUGUCACUAAGCAACCUGCUGAGUGACCAGGCCCACGUGUCAGCGCUGCUGGAGAAGAAGGCAGAGGUCGGGCUGCAGGUGGUGGCCCUGGGCGGCGACCUCUUCGUGCCAGGGUUCGUAGGGCUACGCGCCCUGGGCCUGCUGCAGCGCCGGGGCCGCCUCUGGACCAGCUCCCUGGGGAUCAAGUAUGGCCUCCUGGGUCAGGCGAAGCAGCUGGCACAGGAGUGCAGCACCCGCCAGAGGCUGCGGGUGGAGAGCAGCUCCGAGGCCGCUUACAAGCUGGAGCUGGACCACAAGCUCCACUGCACGCAGAUCCCAGCGUUCAGCCACAAGGUCCAGCUCCGGCAUGAGGAGGGCUCAAGCCACCUGCACUGGGAGCUGGAGGUGAGCUACGGGAGGCACUGGGAUGACAGCCGCAACAAGAGGCGCCUCCGCGUCAGCCAGACCUUCCAGAACGAUUCGGGCCCAGCCCUGAGCAAUUACUUCACGGAGUUUGUGCUGCAGGUGCCUGCGAGGCAGCUGGAUUGCCGUGUGCAGCUGCACCACUUGAGUCUCCGCCAGCCUCACGUGGAGAGCAGCACACACCUGAAGGUGCAGGACAAUGGGCGGCUGCCCUUUGUGGCAGGCUUACGGUGGAAGGACACAUCCCGGGCCACCCUGUGGAAGUGGGAAGGAGCUGUGAACCUGGAUAGUCCGUGGCUGAUGGUCUCCGGGGCUCACAGGCUGUACUGGCCCCACCGAGCCACGUUCCAGGCUGUGUUGGAGCUGACGCUGGGCAAGGCCUGGAUCCUCAAGAAUUUGGUGAUGAACGUGGCCUGCAAAAGCCAGGGCCUCCACAAGGAGGGCAAGAUCCACGUCUACACCCCAGCUACCACCUACCUCCGGGUUUCCACAGUGACAGCCUUGGCACAGAGCAUCUUUCACAGCCGUAGUGAAGUUGAAUCAGCCUGGAGCGCAGCGGUGCAGAGCGAGAUCCACGCCGAGAACAGCCGGGACCGUAAGAUCCUUUACUGCUGGUUGAAGGGCACUCAGAGGGAGCUGAACCUAACAGCGGCCUACAAGCACUCGGAGCAGCCGUGGAAGAGCCGCGUGUCGCUGACGGCUCUGGGGGCCGGUGCCAGGGGUCCGCCUCAGGGCCUACAGUUGGAAGGUGAACUGGAGGAGCUGACGGAAGACAGGAGGUUGUUUCAGAAGCAGGGGACCUUCUUCCUUAGGCACUGCUGGACUCUGCCCCUCCCGCAGAGUGUCCUCCUGCAGGAGACCUUCACAGUGGACCUGCAGCACCAGCGUUACUCCCUGGAGACGAGGGUUGUCCUGGAUAGCAAGGAGGAGACCCUGCAGACCAUAGUCCUGGGCUACCAGGCCGGGCAUCCCUACGUCUGCGCGGGCCUGACCCACCCAUACGACGGCAAGGCCAUCCCCAGGAACUUGGAGGGGUGCGUGGUUACGUGGAAUCGGCACACGGCUAAGAACAAGGAUGUCGAGGCCACUCUGAAAGUCAACCAGAAAGUCUUGCUGCACUUAAAGGGUCUGCACCACGACAGAUCUCGGCAUGGAGAAGUCUGGCACAGCCUCGCUCUGGACGUGUCUCACUCCUCCCAGCUGAGGUUCCCCCAGGCCCUCAGUUUGGAUGGGGACAUUGUCUUCAGACGGAGUCACCAGGGAGCGUUUGACUGCGGUGUGGACCUACGGGCUGCCAUCAACCACAACGUCACAUCCCAGGUCUCAGUCCAGCUGAACGGGUCUGAUUCCCACUUGGUGUUUUCCUUCCAGCUCAGACAUCCCCACGGACCAACAUUUCCUCCAAACUUACAGGUCCAGGCAUCUGCCCGGCGCUACAAAGAGCGCAGCCUCAACGGCUCCCUGUCUGUACAUGUGUCUGGUGAGAAGAUGGUUCUGCUGGAGGCCAACGCCAGCCAGGACGCCCGAAGGAACAGCCGGGGCUGGGGUAUAAGUGUCCUCCUCUGCCAGGAGGUCCUCAGAGCCCCCAGGGCUGUUCAGCUGCAGCUGUCUGGCAAGGUUGCCCCAGCCAGGAUUUGGUUGUUUUCCAAGGCACUGCUGGACCAAAACACAGCACAGCUUUUCCUCAAGGCAUCUGAAGAGCAGAGGGGAGGCCGGGUCCUCACCCUGCAGAGCCAAGCCCAGCACACAGUGGCCACCUGGGCAGCCGUGCCCCAUUUUCUGACUCUCACGGGCGUGCUGAAGCAGAAGGAGAUGCUCAGAGAGGGUACCAUCAAGGUCACUGCCGACUCUGCUGUGCUGGGAUUCAUCUUGCGGGACAAACAUGAGAAGGCGGGGAACAGCACCAGUGUGCACAGUGUGACCUGCUUCCUUGCCCAAAACGGCAGCCGGGCCUUCCCGGGAGAGCUCCAGCUGAGGGGGCGGCUGCAGGCCCAGACGGGGAGCCUUGAGGGCCAGGCCAGCUUCCGUGCUGACACGGCCAGCCUGGCUCUGGGUGGGGUCUGCACCUGGGGCCCUGGGCAUGACCAUCUUUCGGGCAGACUGAGUCACAACAUCCACACCUUGAGUGAGGCAGGACUCCCCAGCGAGGCAGAGAUGCUCCUGUUACACACCCAUAUGGCUUCCAACCUCUCCCUGCGUGUGAUGCUGCGUCGUGCGGGGAGUCAGCUGGAUGCCGCCCUUGGCCUGGAGGGCCCAGCCGCCAGCGCCCGCGGCAGCCGGCUCCGUGCCAGCCUCAGCCACACAGUGCCUGGCCUCGGGCGCUGGGGCCUCCCCUUCUCCGUGGACGGCCGCGGGCACGUGCAGGUCAACUGCAGUGGAGACACCUUGUCUUCCCAGCUGUCAGGGCUCUGCCGAGGGAACAUCACCAGCUGGCCUCUCGAGGUGUCCGUGGACGUCCACGACAGUGGCUCUGGCUUUGAGAGUUCGGGACGCGUCUCGGCAGGGCCCACGUCUCUGAACUACUCCGUGAGCUACUGUCCCCGCGAUGGGCACCUGGAGCUCUCUGGCUGGAGCGAGCACAACAGCCAGGCCCUGUGGCAGGCGGGGUUCCCGGCAGAGGCCCGCAUCAGCGCCGAGCUGCAGACUCGCGAGACCCAGACGCAGGCCCGUGUGGUCCUCCGAGGCAGGGGAGGUGGGAUCAGCGUGGAUGUGGCAGCCCUGGUGGCCUGGCUGAUGAACGGCCCUCUGGAUCUGGUGGUGAAUGUCAGCCACACAGCGCCCACUCUCCGGAGGCUGGGCCUGCCCUUCGCCAGCCAGCUCAUGUUCUGGGAACGGUGGGAAGAGGAGGAGAUGAGUUCGUCCCUGCAGUUGAUGUGCGAUUCUCAAGCCUGCCUGGUCCUCAACAUCCAUGGCCGGAACCAGGCGCUCAGCAAAGAGCUGCGGCUCUCUGGCCGACAUCGCCUCCCCAUCCUCCUCGGCUUCUGCCCCAGCAGAGCCUCCGCCUCAGCCAAGCUGCGAUACUCUGAGGGCGGAGCCGAGAGCACAUUGGCCUUCAUGGUGGAAGAGCAUCAUUUUCACGUUGGCGCCAGGCUGGUGGCUGCUAAGAACAGUCUCACCAACAUCAUCAAGCUGGAACAGACCUUCCCCCAGCUCUGCGCCCUUCCUGGGGAGCUGGUCCUGCAGACCUCAUACCAGCGAGCCCGUGGCACCCAUGUCCUGCACCACACAGUGCUGUGGGACGGCCAGGAGGUGGUCCUCAAUGGGAGCCUCUCCACGCCUUUCCUCAAACCUGCCGGGACCCUCAGCCUGCAGGGGGAGCUCACCCACCUGCUGCCCCUCCCCCUGCCACGGCACUGCAGCCUCCGCCUGGCCUCCGAGCAUUCGCGGCGUGGCCACCAGGAUGACCUGGUCGUGAGCUGGGAUGGCAAGGACCAGGUGGCGCUGUCCUCCUCUCUGCGGCUGGGGAAGGGCCAGCUGGCCGCCCGCCUGGCCCUGGCUCACCCCUUCAGCCUCUCCUGGCGGCAGGCCGAGGCCAGUGGCCUUGCUGAGAGCAGGGGCGGCAGGCAGAGCCGGCAGGUGCAGCUUGCCUGGAACAGAGGGCAGCCCACCACCUUGCGGCUCACCUGGGCCGACAGGUCCUCGGCGCACAGCACCUCCUGGGAUGGUUGUGUGGCCGCCUCCCCAGGGCAGCUCCAGGACACCUGGGGCCUGGGCACCCUCAGGGCCUGUGGGGCCUUAACACAGACCCCGGGCGAGUUCAGUGAGUGGCUCGAUCUGUCCUGGGACCGACGCCGGGUGCAGCAGAACCUGACGUACGAGAGGCACCAGCCGUCCCGCCUGGACAAGAUUCGUGUAGCGGCCACGCUGGAGCAUGUCCUCACAGCCUCCUGCAGCACGCAGAGCUUCCAGGGAGACGUGGAGACCGACUACGCCCACUGGCUGCGCCAUUCCCUGCACUUGGGGCUCUGCCACCUGCCCAGGGCCCUCUCAGUCUCCGGGGAGCACACCCUGGGCAGCGGUGGGCUCCUGCUACACUCCAAAUGCCAGCUGGGCCUUGCCCCGGACCCAGACCACGGCCUGCACGUCAGCCUGAUCCUCCGCAACCACAGCAGGCCCCGGACGCCUGACUUCUCUGGGGAGCUAGAGCUCCGUGGCCCCAAGGCUCAGCGACUUGGCCUGCUGGGCCGGGUCUCCACCUCAGCGUCUCGAAGCUUGGUCCAGCUGGAGGGAAAUAUGGACGAGGACGAGAAAGUGAGGGUGUCGGUGUCCCGGGUCCCGACCUGCCUCCAGGCUUUGGUGGCCCACAGGGAAGGGAGCCAAGAGGAGAGCCUGGUGCUGCGGGCGUGUGCCCACAGGCAGGUGGCAGAGGUGGAGGCCCUGCUCCAGGACCAUGGGCAGCCCGUCCAGCCCCUGGGAUACCUGACCCUGCAAGCUGCCAACCAGAGCCUCCGCUUGGCCGCACACGGCUGCCAGGCGACCCUGCUGGGCCACAUGGAGUCCAGGGUGGCUGCGCUAGGGUCCCAGGUGCAAGCCCGGCUGGAGGAGAAGAUCCACGGCUUGGACGCCUACGUGAGACGGUUCCAGCGCCUGGUGCAGCCAGCAGGCACCCUGGACGGCGUGGCGGGCCCCCUUCUGCAGCUGUGCCGGGGGGGGCUGGGGGCCGUGCGGGAGAGUGGCCGGGCGGUGGCCGCGCUGUGGGACCAGAGCCAGGGCAGGCAGGCGCUGACGCACCACGUGCCACUCUACCUGGAGAGGCUGCAGGCGGGGCUGGAGCAGCUGCGGAAUGAGCUGGAACGGCCCCUGGCCACACUGAAGGACGCCUACUUGGAGGUGACAGUGCGGCCCCUGGACGACGUGUGGCGGGAGCGGGCCGAGGAGGCCGUGCGGCAGCUGCAGGCCUGGGUGUCCGGGACGCCGGGGACCUGGGGGUCCGGGCCUGUCGCGGCAGCGCUGGAGGCCACGAGGGGCGCCCUGGAGCUGGCCGCCCACCAGGUGCUGUCUUGGGCCGAAGCUGUGUUCUCACGGGCACUGAAGCAGCUCUGCAAACCCUUGUUGGACCUGUACAGCUACUCGGCUAGGGACCGCUCGGUGGUGGUGACGCUGCCCACGCUGCCUGCAGGGGAUGAGCCCCUGGACGUGGCCCGGGUGACCAGCCACCUGGUGGAGGAGACGCUGCUGCGGCCGCUCCGAGAGCUGUACGGGACCAGCGUGCUGGCCGAGUACCACCGGCUCAAGCGCCGCCUGCUGGGGGCCCCCUCUGGAUACCACGCCAUGGUGGCUGGGGCCAGGCACGUGGUGACCUUCGACAGCCUGGUGUGGGGCAUUGGUGCCCGCUGCGGCAGCCUGCUGCUGGCCAAGGACUUCGCUCACGACACGUUCUCGCUGACACUAAACCAGGCGGGCUCAGGGCUCACAUCCCUGACCGUGGAGCUGAACCACACUACCCUCGUCUUCUACCCCAGCCUGAAGACCUACAGGCUGUACAACUCCUCCCUGCCCGGGGAGAGCUGUCUGGACCUGGAUCUGCCUCCUGCCAAGACCAGGAGGGACACCGUCCCCAGGAUCGAGCUGACGAGUGAGGACGGCGUCUCUGUUGCCUGUGACGUCCACACCGGCCUCUGCAGCCUGGCUCUGAGCGUCUGGCAGCAUGGCCUGUCCGCCGGCCUUCUGGGCACCAACGACAACGAGGCAGGCAAUGAGCUGAUGCUGCCGGACGGCACAGUGGCCAGCAGCCUGGAGGAGUUCUCCCCCGCCUGGCAGGUGGGUGGUGACUGCAGGGCCAUGGAGAAGACUCAGCCGGCAUGCCCAGGACAGAGCCCCACCUGCCGGGCUUUCUUCCAGGACCCCCGCUCCAGGCUGGGGAACUGCUUCCGGGUGGUGGACCCCACACCCUUCCUCCGCCUGUGCAUCCAGGACACCUGUGGCACCCAGGAUCUCCAGCCUGCCUGCAACUUGGCGGCCGCCUACAUCCACCUGUGUGCCCGGGGCUUCGUGUCCCUGGACCCUCCUCCACAGUGCGUUUGAGAUUUUGCCUGAGCCUGCACCAGGCUGCCAAAGGUUUCAGACUCCCUCACCUUCUACCACAAUCCCGUCUCGUCAGCAAGGUCAAGAUUCUUGUCUGGGGCAGAGCAACCAGCAUGAAAUACUCAGAGAAGAUCAGGAAAGAUACAGGUCCAGGAAGGAAGGGCUGUUAGUGAUUUCAAAAUGCUUCUGGGGGCGAUAAAGCCCACACUGGUCUGGAUAAUUCUCCACCUCCCUCAACACCUGCCCUGUAAAAGAGGAGGCAGCCUGCCCGCUGGACCCAGCUCUGGAGAGGGAACGCCACCGAUGCAACU